AGUAGGUGCUGUUGUUGUCUCUCUCUGUCUGUGCACCGAGAGAGAGAGAGAGAGAAGGAGACGCGGGGUGGGAUGUAGCCAUGGCUUCGGCGACGCGCACGAGUCAGGCGGAGCCCUGGGAUGACCCUCACCACGGCAUGGAAGGGGGCAUAUGGGACUUGGAGUACGUGUAUCAGUUGCAGCUGGAGGAAGUCAUGGCUGCGUCGAUCGCGGGCAUGAUGAGGGAAGAGGAGACAAUUCAUGACAACCCGGUGGAGGUGGGAGUGGUAGAGGCCCGUAUAGGGGGAAUAGAGGCGGUGGUGGAAGAGGAAGAAGUAAACGAAGUUGGUGGUGAGAGAGUAGAAGAGGAGGAGGAGGAAGAGGUUGAUGAUGGAUCAGUUGUGGAUUGUGAGCAAGAGCACGACAUUGAGGUGCGAGCGGUGAAGACACCAGAGGGGCAUGUUGGGAUUGGUGCUUUAAUCACCAGGAACGACAGCGUUUUGUGGCGGGAGAGCAAGUAUGUCGGAAUAGGUAUGAGUUGGCAUGUGGCGGAGUAUGGAGGCGUGCUCGAUGCUAUGGAGGUUGCUGAGAGGCUCGGAUUGCGGUUUCUCAAUGUUUUCGUGUCCUCUAGAGUGGUCAGCGAACAGGUGAAUGGAUUUUGGAAACCCAAGCAGACCAACCAGUGGAUGCUGUUAUACCAAGUUCAGGACGCAAUGCAGAACUUCUCAAGCUUUGGGAUACGAUCUUGGCCGAAAGGCUCUUAUAAUAAUUUUGUUACUCAGUUAGCGCAGGCUGCUAUCACAAAUCAUUUGAUUGGUGACGCAUCUUCAUCAUACUCCGGCGCUUCUACUGCAGGAGCAUUUGAUGGGGUGUUCCACCCAAAUGUGACAUCGCAUGCUUCAACUUCAGCUUAUUCAUCAAACUCCAGACGGGAAAGCAAGGAAAAUUGUCUCAUUUGUCUUGAAGACAAAUUACCAUCAGAGAUGGCGACUGUGAAGAAAUGUCUGCACGAAUUUUGUGAUGCAUGCUUGCGACGACAUGCCGAGGUUCAAGUUCAAGCCAGCCAGGUUCCAAUUCGUUGUCCGGAGUCAGGUUGCUCGGAGGAACUUGAAUAUCCUGAAGAAUGCAAACAGUAUCUUACAGUGGAGGUGUUCAACAUACUGACAAAGCGACUUACAGAAGCAAGAGUUCCCGAAGGGGAUCGAGUUUACUGCCCGUACACAAAUUGCUCUGCUUUGAUGGAUAAGGGUGGCUUGGAUCCUCCAGGACAGAGCACGUCAGUUGCACCCAACAAACUGUCAACGUAUCAGAAAGUAGCAUGCGCUGAAUGUAGACGAAGCUUCUGUUUAGAGUGUCGAGUUCCUUGGCAUAAGAACCGAUCUUGUCAGGAAUAUCAAAACCUCCCUCCCGAUCUUCGAGAUGCUGAAGAAAGCAAUCUCUACAAAUUGGCUCAAAAUCAGAAAUGGCAACGAUGCAAAAAAUGCAGACGCAUGAUUGAGCUUGCUGAAGGUUGUUACCACAUGACGUGCCGGUGUGGAUAUGAGUUUUGUUAUACAUGCGGCACAGAAUGGAAAAACAAGAAACAACAAUGUCAAUGCAAGCUCUGGGACGAAAGGAAUAUUAUUCGCACACCUCGGGAGUCAGAUGACGAGUCUGAAGACGAUUUGUUUUUCGGAGAUGAUGGCGACGAUGACAACAUGCUGGUUGACGACUUUUUUGGCUACGAUGACGAAGAAGAAUUUGACGACGUGGAUUAUGACUGGGUUAUGACUGAUGUCGGAAACCCUUUUCGAGGUUUUGAGCUGGUUGGGGAACUGCAUGGGGUUAAUCGAAUGUUUGAUGGGUUGGGAUUGGAGCCUACAGUACCUCACCAGAUACCCUUCGCCAACAGGCUGUACAAGACAAAGCUGUGCAGGUAUUAUUUGCGCCCUGGUGGGUGCAAUGACGGGCGUCUUUGCAAUUUCGCUCAUGGCGAGCAUGAGUUGCGCCAUGUAUGACGUGGUUAGGUUAUUGGAUUUUGAUAGUGGAUUCUAGUAACGUGCUGCUUGUAGGUGUCUGGAAGACUCUUGCAAACUAUGUUAGGAACCUAGCGUCUUAAAGACUGCCCUCUCCUUUUAACAUAGCAGUAUUUGCAAAUAUGUUUUAGAUAUUUUAGUGAAAAUACUUUUGAGUGGAUGUAGAUCUUGUAACUUGCCUGAGCCUGUGUCAACGAUAGAUGUUAACUAGCUUCGUGUUGGUGGAGAAUCUGUCUGAAGAAUAUUGAUGGACAUAUAUUGCCUUGUAUAGGAUGAGGUUAAUAGAAUGAUUUGUAUCUAGAAUAGUCCUCAAGCUUGUUCAACUGAAGUUCAUCGUGUGGAAGACAGACAUUGACUCUCCCCAAUAUUUGGGUGAAGCAGUGGUAUUUGUCUUGCAAGUUUUCAAUCCUGAAUACUACUAAUAUUAUCCUUGA